AAACAACAUAACCUAAAACUUGUGAGUUCAAAAAAUAAAUACGUGCGCUGCAUCGUAGUCGCGUAAAAUUGUGAUUUUUCAAUAGUUUUCCGAGAAAUACUGGUGUAAAAUAGUGUGUUGCUAUUCAAACCGGUAAGCAGGAUAAUUUCCACCACAAAAAAAAAAACACAAUAAUGGCUGAGCUUGACAAAAUUGAAGUUCGAGACAUCACCCGGAUCGAGCGGAUUGGGGCCCACUCGCACAUCCGUGGGCUCGGGUUGGACGAUGUGCUGGAAGCUCGUGCCGUGUCCCAGGGCAUGGUGGGCCAGAAGGACGCUCGGCGGGCCGCCGGCUUGGUGGUGCAGAUUGUCCGCGAAGGCAAAAUUGCCGGCCGGUGCAUUCUGCUAGCCGGGGAGCCUAGUACGGGAAAGACGGCCAUAGCCGUGGGGAUGGCACAGGCUCUUGGCAAUGAAACGCCCUUCACGAGCAUGUCCGGUUCGGAGAUCUACUCGUUGGAAAUGAACAAAACGGAAGCGCUGUCGCAAGCACUGCGUAAAAGUAUUGGAGUUCGCAUCAAGGAAGAGACGGAGAUCAUCGAGGGUGAAGUUGUAGAAAUUCAGAUUGAUCGUCCGGCUUCCGGCACAGGACAGAAGGUUGGCAAGGUGACGAUCAAGACCACGGAUAUGGAGACGAACUAUGAUUUGGGAAACAAGAUCAUCGAGUGCUUCAUGAAGGAGAAGAUACAAGCUGGAGAUGUAAUUACAAUUGAUAAGGCUUCCGGUAAGGUCAGCAAACUGGGUCGGAGCUUUACCCGGGCAAGGGAUUACGAUGCCACAGGAGCUCAAACGAGAUUUGUUCAGUGCCCGGAAGGAGAGCUGCAGAAGCGCAAGGAAGUGGUUCAUACGGUCACGCUUCACGAAAUCGAUGUCAUCAACAGCAGGACACACGGAUUCUUGGCGCUGUUUGCCGGCGACACCGGUGAGAUCAAGCAGGAAGUCCGCGAUCAAAUCAACAGCAAGGUCAUGGAAUGGCGCGAAGAAGGCAAAGCGGAAAUCAAUCCCGGCGUUCUGUUCAUCGACGAGGCCCACAUGCUGGACAUUGAGUGCUUUUCAUUCUUGAACAGAGCUUUGGAAAGCGAUAUGGCCCCAGUCGUAAUCAUGGCCACCAAUCGAGGCAUUACCAAAAUCCGCGGAACCAACUAUCGCAGCCCGCACGGAAUCCCCAUUGAUCUGCUCGACCGAAUGAUCAUCAUCCGAACGGUUCCCUACUCGGCGAAAGAAAUCAAAGAAAUCUUGAAGAUUCGCUGCGAAGAAGAGGACUGUCAAAUCAACAACGAAGCGCUGAUGGUUCUUGGAAGGAUCGCCACCGAGACCAGUUUGCGCUACGCUAUUCAGUCGAUUACGACCGCCAGUUUGGUCAGCAAGCGGCGCAAGGCGGCGGAAAUCACGGUUGAGGAUAUCCGGAAAGUGUAUUCCCUGUUCCUGGACGAAAAGCGUUCCAGCAAAAUCAUGAAGGAGUAUCAGGACGAGUAUCUCUUCUACGACGACAGCUUGUCCCAGGCGGAACAACAGGCGAUGGAAGUGGAGACGAACUAAAACUUAUAUAAGGUAAGAAACUUUGCAACCAUUUGGAAAGAUGUGUGUUUUACGUAUGGAUUCCAUUCUAAUUAUAACGAUGCUUACAAGUUACAUACAUUCAUGCGUGCUGAUAGUCGUACAAAGCCAAUAAACUAC